AUGUCGGCGCUCGAUGAGAAGACCGUCGCCAACGGUCAGACCGGAGCUGGUCAAUCAGCAACCCCGCCGGACGGACAGAUCCUGACGGGCAAGCAGGAGCACUACCUCAAGCGCGAGCUCAUUUCUCGACAAGUGCGCAGCGAAAUUUCCGAGCUUAACUCCCCAACCGCCUUGCAGCGCUUUGGCGCGCCCUUUCGAUCAGAAUUUGGCGAAGUCGCCCCGGUCGACUCGGAACUACCGAUUCUACGAUACAUCUUCGUGCAUCAUGUCCGGAAUUUCCCCUUCCUCGAUCAGGCGCAGGAAAAGCAGUUUUGGCAGGAUAAGCUUCAAGUGUUCCUCGAGUCCUUUGCCAAUAAACAUGUCUCGUCCUCGGAAGAUCGCCUGGAGGAGACGAAGCGCCGGAAACUGGCGCGCAAGAGCGAGAAGCUCGUGGAGCUUAUGAUGGUCUCAGGCGUGCCGACUGCGUCGGGUUAUGAGGAGCGUAUUCAGUUCUCAGAGAUGGAAAUCGUUGAGCGCGGUGCGAACGAAAAGGGUCUCCUGGUCAACAUGCCCGAGGGCCACGCUAUUAAUGGCUGGGACGUUAAUGUGGCAGCGGUACGGGUGACGUCGGUGAAGCGGACGGUUCGGUAUCACCCCCACGCGGAAUUCAUCAUUCGCGUGCGCAGAGAUGGCAAAGAGGAGAUCCACAUCGGCCGGAGAUAUGGCGAAUUCGUCAAGCUCCAUCGCAGACUACGAACAGAGUUCCCCGGCAAGCAUCUGCCACCGCUCCCCCGCAAGAACAAGACCUCAACGACAUCCAGCUGGUUCGGCUCCACGGACGAUGACAACGAAUCGGUUUCCUCCGUCUCUACUCAAGAUGCUACCACACCAGACGAGGCAACCCAAAGCACGGGCCGAACACUGGCUCCCGAAAGUAUCGUCCGCCGAUCGGUAUCAAAAAGCUCUUUGCGGUCUUCAAAUUCUCCCCGUGUAUCAACAGAUGUUGUGUCACGGCAGACCGUUCUGUAUCGUGAGGAACAGCGUGUCUCUCUUCGUGCGUUCCUGCGCACCAUGUUGCAGAACAAGCGGAUUGCUGAAUCCAAGUCUAUGGAGGAGUUCUUGACUUCCAAGCCUAUCUCAUUAAAUGAGGAGGAAUUGAUCGACGUGAAUCGCCGCAAGGAAAUGGAUGCAAUCAGAAUCGAGGAGCAGAAACGCUUCUACGAAAUCGCCAGGCAACGCGCUGCAGAGCUGGAUGUCUACAUGGAGCAAUUCCGACGGGAUAUUGUAGAGAGCAAUGGGCUCACGAAACUUUUCGCCGAGAUUCGGGAGAAAUCCUGCAUCGCCGAGCUCAGCCCGCAAUACCAGAAAUUUGCCGAAUGGCUGCGUAUUGAGGUUGCUGCAACCAUAUACCACCUGUUCCUUGCGGAAGAUAACUCGCCUGAAAUGUUCGCACAGGCUAAGCGCAUCCACGGCCUUGUUCCUUACACCUUGAUGAAGAAUGUGAUCCGUAUCGCCAACCCAGCGGCAGUCAUGUCUAGCGUUUUGGACCUUUUCCUAGCUCAGCCUUUCGGCUCACGGUCUCUUUUGCAGCGCAUUUUCUCGAUGACGCUGAAUGAGGGUAUCAAAGAUUUCCAGAAGCACAUCAAUUCUCUGGUCGCCAAGGUUGAAGACACGGUGUUGAGUCAGAAGCUCAAGACUUUUGUGGAUUCUGACGAGGCUGUCAAGAAUAUCAUCCGAGAGGAGGCAGAGGCAGAAGACGUCGAUAUUGUCGUCGCCAUCCUGCGCUCCGAGCUUAUCCAGCCCGCGCUGACUCCUGACCAAAUUGGCAAGGUGUUUAACAGCUGGGUAGCAUGGAACUAUGCGGUCGACAAUGUCGACAUCGAGAUGCAGCAGGGCGCUCAGUGGUUCGCCAACAUGAAGCAGCUCCUGAAGCUGUACACCCGCCAACGUGACAAGGCGAUGAUGCUGAGCAUUGUUGAGGAGCCCGUCACCCUCCAGCUCUUCCGGGAUCUGUUUACCAUCUUCUAUGAACCUCUCGUCCGGGUGUACAAGUCUGCGAAUGUGUAUAGCAGCAUCACCGACUUUGCCUUGUUCGCCGAUGACGCGAUAGCGGUGAUCGAAAGUGCCCAGCGACAAGAUGCUUCAGCCGAUCCCAACCAGACUGUGCAGGCCUUUAUCGACCUGUGCGCGCGUCAUGAAGACAAUUUCUACAAGUUUAUCCACGAGGUGCACCUGCACGACAAUGGGCUCUUCCAGUCCCUGAUGGCCUGGAUUGAGGAGAUUCUCGACUUCCUGCGCAAGGGUCCACGGGGCGGUAAGAUGGACAUGAACGCUUUGUUCCAAGGUGCCGUGGGUGUUGGCCAGAUUGACAAGGAGGUUGCACUGGAAGAAAUCAACGCCUUGAUCAAGUGGCAGGAGGACCGCAAGAGAUGGCACUUGAACAAGACGCGGCAAAAGAUGGCUGCCGAAGGUGCCGGAGAAACGAUCCCCGGCACAAGCACCUUCAACAGCAGCGACUUUGGUCUUGACGAGGCCGACCUCGAAGACCUUACCAUCUCUGAUGAGGCUUCCGACUCCGAAGACGAAAACGAAGAGGACGAUGACGACGACCCGAUCGCAGUCGAACGCCGCCGUCGCAUCAAGAAGCAAGAUCAACUCCGCCGCACAGCCGGCGAACCCGUCAAGCCCGAAGUGACCGAAGUCCUGAAACUGACGGAUCCAUUCGUCGUGAUGCUCCGACACGUCCUGGCUGAUUAG